UAUAUGUCACACACUGUACAAAAGCCAAAUCCCCCCUCCUCUCGGCCCUCGUUUCCUCCUUACUCAUUUUCGGAUCUUUCUUUCUCUUCUCCUUCUUCUUCUUCUUCUCCUUCUAUAAUAAUAUAACCAAACUCUCUCUCACAAACCUUCUUUAUGAUCCUCCUCCUUCCCUCAGAAUACAAGCAGCAGAAUUUUUAUGUUUGAUAAAAGAGAGAGAGAGAGAAGAGUGGCCCAGUAGAUCGAAAAAGAUGACGAUCUAAUUUUUUUCCAUUAAUGGUGUUUUACGCUAUAACUCUUAUUAUACCCACCACCCUCCCCCCCCAUUUCUCUACUAGAGAGAUUCGACUAUUUUUUUCUUACUUUUUUGCCUUUCUGAUUCUUAGAUUUUUUUUUUUUUUAAUAAAAAUUUGAUUUUUAAUUUCUUCUGAGAAAGUAUCGAAGACGAGCUUGGCGAUAAAGAGGAUGUGGGUUUGAUGAGGAAUGGGAACAAAGGUGCACUGUGAAAGCUUAUUUGGUGGAUAUCAUCACUCUAUGGGAGAUCUCAACAAAGAGUCUAACGGUUGUAGAUGGCCAUUGUUCUACAGUGACAGUAAAACCUCCGCUGCUGCUAAUGAUCAAUGCUACAAUGGCUUCCCUUCCCAGACUACUUCAUUUGGCUAUGACAAAGAUUUGGUGAGAAGGACAAUGCUCGAACACGAAGCUGUUUUUAAGACACAGGUUUUGGAACUUCACCGGGUGUACAGCAUACAAAAGGAUAUGAUGGAAGAACUGAAAAGGAAACAGUUGAAUAAUGAAUGGGCUCCGAUUGAGGCAUCGUUUUCAUCUCAAGCUACUAAUGUCGAUGCCCGUAAAUGGAAAAUCCCUACUUUCCCUUUGGCAAACUCUGUUUACGAUAGGCCAUCCAUGUCUGUGGUUGAGGAUAAUGGACAUUCUCCCAUGAAAGGAAGCAGUUCUCAAGUGGUUGUUGGCCCAGUUUCAUGGCAAAAUGGAGCUAGUUCCAAGAAUGUUGAAACGUCGGAGGCCAGACCGACUAAAAUCAGAAGAAAGAUGAUAGACCUUUGUCUUCCAGCUGAUGAGUACAUUGAUGACAAUGACGAAGUUGUGGAGCUAAAAGAUCACAGGGUUUGCAGCACCUCUAGUCAGCUUCCUAAUGGAGAUGUGAAGACUGAAUCUCGCGGAGAUGGGUUGAGGAUUAAAUAUGGCUCGAGUAGAAGCAAUGGUUUGGCUGACUUAAAUGAACCGCUUAAUGCUCAAGAAACGAACGAAUUUGCUUAUGGCCAUCCCCGUAAUGGUGAGUUUCAAGGCCAUAUUCGCGACUACGGAAAAUCUCUGAACUCGGGUAGUGUAAGGGAGCAUGUUCCUGUUAUCUCUCUGCAUUCAGAUGAGAACAAUAGACCAAAAGCUUGGCCACUUCAGCCCUUAAGAAAUGAUCAUUAUACUGGCACACACAAGUCUGCUGCUCCAUUUUUUCAAGCGGCCAAGCCUCUUGAUUCGUCGUCUCAGCAUAUGCAAGUUCUGAUGAACAGUUCACAAAGAGUUAUGAGUGUACCUAAUUCUGGUCCACCAAGUAAGCCAGUGUUCUGGAGAGAAAGAACGUUUAUUGAUCUAGAGGCUGAUACUGAUACCAAUAGUAGUCAUGAAGCCAUCACUCAUCAAAAUCACGUGGAGUCAAGUUUAGCUUGUCACCAACAGAGCCGCUUGUAUCCGUAUAAUCCUCCAGACUCUGCUGUCUCGUGGAACCAUUUGCAGUCUUCUUGGCAAAAUCCUAGUUUUGGAUUUUCUCAGAAAGUUGCUUCAGCACAGAGAUAUCCGGUUCUAAACUUUUCUGACACACUGAGUGGUAAUACUCAGAAACAAGGGUUUCUUGGAGAUAGAUUGCAGUAUGAAAGCAAUUCUAGAUUUAACUCAGGGUGUGGGAGUUCCAGUCGGUUAAACAACAACAUGUUUUACAAUGAGUGUUCCUCUUCAUCAAAACCGAAAUUCGCUGGGGUUGACUCUAAUUAUCCUAACGGAGGAAGAAGUGACUACAGCUCGGAGAUGAAGUUUGUGAGAGAUUUGAACUUAAAUGUGACACUUUCAAAUACUCCAGUUGUUGAAGUCAGAAAGGAUGAAGAGCGCUUGGCUACUUUACCAUGGCUUAAUAAACCCAAGUCUGUUUGUAACUCUGAAAUGGCUGAUGUGAAAGGGAAUCUGAAGAGUCAUGAUGUUGUUCUGAGUUCUACUUUGAAACCAUUGGAUAUUAAUGAUGAGGCAGGAGAAAAAGUUCAGAAUAUUAUGUGGCUAGAGAGGUUAAAGUCUGGUUCUUGUUCCAGUAAUCCGGAGACUGAGAAGUUUACUGCUAACGUGGAAACUCCUGGAUCAGCUUUUAGAGAUCAAUCCAAAGCAGGAAAAGGUAAAGUACGUAACGUUAGGAUGCUAGACAUGAACGAACCGUGUGAUCCUCUUUGGGAUGAAGAUCAGCAAACAGAGGAACAAAUUGGGACAAAGGUUUCGGUUAGUAAUAGGUGUCAGAUUGAUUUGAAUAUGUUGGUUAGUGACGAUGAAGGCGAAAAUUGUUCUGUCCCUGCCAGUUCAAGAGUGAUGAAUUCGAAGGGCCCUAUGAUUGAUUUGGAAUCUGUUCCUGAGUCUGAUGAUGAUGAAGAAGAAGAUGAUAAUAUCUGUGCAGAAAAGCCAUCAGAAGAAACCCCAGUUGAAGAAAAAACUCUAGAGAAACCGCCAGAGUUUGAAAAAUUAGCAGCAGAAACAAUAGUUUCCAUCUCUUCAGCUUGCCUAGAUAGAGAGCUUGAAGUUGCUGCUUCGCCAGAAGUCUCUGAAACCAUCAUCCUUCACUGGUUUGCAGAAACAGUAAAUGCUCACAAAGAGAAUCUGGACGAAAAACUCGAUACUUUAUCGAGGAAUCAAUCACGUUCUAUCGAAGAGAUUGAUUACUUUGAGUCAAUGACCCUGCAACUACCUGAGAUAUCAGAAGAAGAGUAUAUGCCUAAGCCAUUGGUUCCUGAAGACCUCAAAUUGGAGGAAACUACAGGAACCACGCUGGUAACGAGCCAAAGACCGAGAAGAGGAAACGCGAGAAAAGGGAAACAGAGACGAGACUUCCAAAGAGACAUUCUCCCUGGACUUGUGUCUCUUUCAAAACACGAAGUAACAGAAGACAUUCAAAUGUUUGAUGGGUUCAUGAGAGCAGCAGGAAGCUCCUGGACUCCAACCGGUUUAACAAGGAAGAAAACCGGUGCAAGAGGAAGACCAAGACGAGUCAUAACAAUCCCUGCUGAACCGGUCUAUAUCCCGGUUCCAGCUCCAGCUCCUGCUCAAUUGGUUCAUCAACAACAUGUUGUGAGCAAUCAAAACAGCAAUGGUGAGACUGAAGUGUGUUUAGAAGAUAGACGCUUUGCAGGUUGGGGUAAGAUGACAAGAAGGCCUAGAGGACAACGAUGUCCUUCAACUACUACAACUGUAACAACUGCAAGUAACCAACGUUCAUCAUCACACGCGCCUUUCACGUGACAAUGAUGUUGAGACUUUGGGAAAGUGACUAUGAGAUUAUUAUUACUACUGUACGAGUACGAUUCUUUUCAAAAAAGUUGUCGUAUAGAGAGAGAGAGAGAGAGACGUAAUAUAUGAGAACAGUUUGUGAUAGCGAUUUUUCAUCGACUAA